GGCUACCUUGUGUGUUACUGGAAGUCAACCGAAGAUCGGACAGCUGCAAUUAAGGCUCCGUUAUCGUCAACACUGCUAUUUUUUACUGCCAAUGGAUUGGAACCUAAUAAGCAGUACACGUUCACGGUUCAAGCCGAGAACACCGUUGCACUAGGGCCAGAAGCAGUCGUACAGGUGAUGACGACGUCUGUUCGAGCCUGUACGAUCACCACCCGUACCAACUCGAAACGACACGAAUUAUCGUUCGGAGAGCAUUGCUAUUCGAUGGGAUGAAAGAGCUGUCGAUGAGGACGAGGCACCAGUGCGAUUUGUGCAGGUGUUGAAUAUCAGAAGUCGAACAAUGAUGAAUGGAACACUCUGGAAAAAAUGGUAUCAGGACAAGAAGAUGGUGUGGUGGUCUCCAGGCUACUACCGAAUUCAAAAUAUCGAUUCCGCAUUCGUUUUCUCGGCGAUACGUCACAGUCUGUUUGGUCAGCCGAAUCAGAAUGGAUGCAAACGCUGCCUGCACCGCCAUUUGCAGCACCGAGUUCACUGGUAGCAACACCUUACGAUGCAACAACAUUGCUUCUUCAAUGGUGGACUCCUUCAAGAGAAUCAUGGAAUGCUGAUGCAAUUGGUUACCGUAUCGCCUAUUGUGAAUAUCCUAUGUCAGCCGACAACACUACUUGGACUACAACAGAAAUCUCGCCGAACAGCUCGUGGUCAAAACGAUCACAAUUUUUGCUGUACAAGCUACCCAGUUUCCGUCACUAUAUUGUGCGGGUCCGCGCAUUCAACUCGGAAGGCAGUAGUCCUUUUUCUGCACCAGUAUUCGUCUAUGUGGGUUACUCCAUACCAAAGAGGAAUGUAACGAAUUUGAUGGCCGAGCCGUUGUCAUCCACAUCUCUGUUCGUUAAAUGGGAUCCAUGGUUGGAGAAUGUAGAUGCGGCGAUAACUGGAUUCAAGGUAACAUUUCGGUAG